CUUACUUACCUACCUACUACCUCUUUAGGAGCUUGUUGUUGGGUGGGGAGGAGAGCAGAGCAGAAAGGAACAUGUAGUUUUACGGAUGGUUGUGCCUUGCUUGUUAUCUUUCUCUAUAUUGUUUUUUAUUUUUUUGUCCCCCUUUGAUUCCAACUUUCCAUUCAUGUAUUUGAAAAGAUGGCGUUGGGAUUGGAUGUUCGAUACUUCAGAUAUUAUUACUACUGCUACCACUUACUUAUAUCGGUACUUACUACGGGGGGCGGGGCAGGAUUUGUCUAUACUAUGAUCGAAGCAUGAAAUGAGCCAUUGAUGCUGUUAUGGAUGUGCUGUGUAGUAGUAUUUAGUACAUGGCUCUCCUUGUAGAGCCUUUUUGACCCUUUC